AUGGCGGUGCGGCGGGAAAGCACCUGGACCCGAUUUCCAAACUUCCAGUUCCAGAAACUCUGUCACAGCCCUCGGGCAGCUCCGGGGCUGACCUGGGGGAGUAGCAGUGCCAGGAGGACCUGGCCUCUCUGGGCCCGGCUGGUGGCUGGAGUGAUGGCCACCAUGGGCGACGAGGACCUCUCGGCCUAUUUCCACAUGCAGUACAAGCAGCACCUCCUGCAGCUGCUCAGGAAACUCGGACUGACAGAGAAGGGCUCCCUGUCUCCAUUUAUUCGCCUCCAGGAGAAGAAGAAACAAGACCGACUGAUGCAAAAGGCUCUGGAGGUGAAGGAAGAGGCCUUCAGGGAGAAGAUGGAAGUCAUAGCCUGCCGGUGGAAGGACCUCCACGCCAAGGAUGCUCAGCUGAAAACCGACAUGGAGAAAUCUGGGAGGAUUUUAAAGGAAAAUGAUAAAAUACGAAUCCAAGCUCUGAAGACAGCCAUGAAAGAGAGAGAGAGGAAGAUACAAAAGGAGAGUGAGCUUCUGAGAGCUAAGAGGGAACUGGAAGCCCUGAGAAAUAAGCACCAGAAACUCUCCAACAAAGUGAAGAAGUACUCCAUCUUCAACAAAUACCUGGAGGAUGUGGUAAAGAUCUCACAGUUUGAGGAGAUCCAGGAAGUCAUUUGGCGGUACAAGAUGCCGGUGAGGAUGCACAAGGACCUGCUGCAUUCACAACAGGGGCACAAGGAAAUGUUUGAGCAAGCCAAGGUGCUGCUGGACCAGUACACAGCAGAGAAAGAAGCUGAGAUCCUGCAGUACAAAAAUGAGCUGGUGCAGCUCCAGCUACGUUUUGAUCAGGCUCAAAGUGACGUCCUCCCCUGGGAGACUUCCUGGGCUGACAUCCAGGAUACAACUGCCAAGAAAACCCUGAAGCUGGGGAGCAUCAAGAUGGCCAUCCUCAGCCUCUUCCAGUGCAUGAGCAAACAGAUGAAAGAAAACCUGAACGUGCCGAUGGAUGACAGCCACAGACAGCUGACCAUGAUUCAGCAGUUUAUUCAAGACUUCACAGACAUCUCCAUGGAGGUGAAACGGAACCGCCAGCGAGCAUCUAUACCUAUGGAUCUAUGA